CACAGCGCUGGGAGAAAGAACUUGAUACAGAAAUCACACGGACCUACAGUUUAGGGGUGGUGAAAUUUGUAACCUUGUUGCAAGUAUUUUUGGGCGAGUGAUAGGAGCAAGUGAGAUCACUGCGAUCUCCCAUUUGGAUAGAGUUGAGUUGUUGGGAAAGGACAACAUCGGAUCUUUUUCACGCACAGUUCAAAUAUAUUUGAAUCUAUAUCAUCCUGGAAAUGUCCGAAAACAAGCCGAAUGAUGAUCCGAAGUUAUCUACGACGGACAGGGUAGUAAAAUCUGUCCCGUUCCCACCAAGUCACCGGCUCACAGCCAAGGAGGUGUUUGACAGUGAUGGGAAGCCCAAAGUGGACGUGCUCAAAGGCCACCUGACCAAGGAGGGCCGCGUGGAGGAGAGCGUAGCCCUCAGGCUCAUCGGAGAGGGAGCGGCCAUCUUGAGGGCUGAGAAGAACCUGCUGGACAUAGAGGCACCCGUGACAGUUUGCGGAGACAUCCAUGGCCAGUUCUUUGACCUGAUGAAGCUGUUUGAAGUAGGAGGGUCACCAGCUAGCACGCGCUACCUUUUCUUGGGCGACUACGUCGACAGAGGAUAUUUCAGUAUUGAAUGUGUGCUGUACUUGUGGGCCUUAAAGAUCCUAUACCCCAAAACACUAUUUUUGCUCCGUGGGAACCACGAAUGUAGACAUCUAACAGAGUAUUUCACAUUUAAGCAGGAAUGUAGAAUUAAGUAUUCUGAGCGGGUGUACGAUGAGUGUAUGGACGCCUUCGACUGCCUUCCCUUGGCCGCCCUUAUGAACCAGCAGUUCCUGUGUGUACACGGAGGACUUUCCCCAGAAAUCUCAAACCUCGACGACAUCAGGAAAUUAGACAGAUUCAAAGAGCCCCCUGCAUACGGGCCCAUGUGUGACCUGCUGUGGUCAGACCCCCUGGAAGACUUUGGGAACGAGAAAAGCCAAGAACACUUCACACACAACACAGUGAGAGGCUGCUCCUACUUCUACAGCUACCCCGCUGUCUGCGACUUUCUACAACACAAUAACUUGUUAUCUGUCAUUCGAGCCCAUGAAGCACAGGACGCUGGGUACCGCAUGUACAGGAAGAGCCAGACGACAGGGUUUCCUUCUCUCAUCACCAUCUUCUCAGCACCCAACUACCUAGACGUCUACAAUAACAAAGCUGCAGUACUGAAGUAUGAGAACAAUGUGAUGAACAUCAGGCAGUUCAACUGCUCCCCUCACCCCUACUGGCUGCCCAACUUCAUGGACGUCUUCACCUGGUCCCUGCCCUUUGUCGGGGAGAAAGUCACUGAGAUGCUGGUUAACGUAUUAAGCAUCUGCUCCAAUGAUGAGCUGACGACAGACGAGGAGAUCGACGGACAACUAAUAUAUGCCCCCAAGAAAGGUGCCACAGCCGCUGCACGCAAGGAGGUCAUCAGGAACAAGAUCCGUGCCAUUGGCAAGAUGGCCAGGGUAUUCUCUGUCCUAAGGGAGGAGAGUGAGAGUGUGUUGACACUGAAGGGGCUGACCCCCACCGGCAUGCUGCCCAGUGGAGUGCUGUCCGGGGGCAAGGAGAAGCUCCAGAAUGAAACCACAGCUACUAUUGAGGCUAUUGAGGCAGAUGAAGCCAUCAAGGGCUUCUCGCCCCAGCACAAAAUCACCAGCUUCGAGGAGGCCAAGGGCCUGGACCGCAUCAACGAGCGGAUGCCCCCGAGGCGGGACGGCCUCCCCUCCGACGCCAGCCUCAACUCCCUUAACAAGGCUCUGUCCUCGGAGACCAAUGGCACGGACGCCAAGGACAGCAGCAGCAACAUCCAGUGAAGGGGCACGCUCCACCGCGGCGGGUGGUGGUGGCAGCCUGUGGCGACCAGGGUGGGGCGUUAUACCACCCUCCUCCUCGUCGCAGUCUGCCACGGGCGGCAUAGCGGGGGCAGCAGGGUGGAGGCGAAAAUGGAGGGACAUGAUCAGGAAUGCGCUUACAGGAAGUGGUGCUCACAGGAAGUGGCGCGUACAGUACAACAACUACAGGAGAGAGUCUUUGGGUAUGCCUUUAAAAAAAUUACUUGUAGAAACUACAGAAAGUUUUCGCAUUGUUCACUCUUUCGGGCCCUUGGCCUCCUCGAACCUGGUGAUGACGUGCUUGAUUCUGUACUUCAGUACGAGAGAGACAGACGGAGAGAGAGAAAGAGAUCUUAAAGGAGAUGUUUUAUGAAAGCCCCUCACUCAUUUUACUGCAGGGCUCUCAAACCCUGUUCCUGGAGAGCUACCCUCCUCUAGGUUUUCGCUCCAACCCCAGGGUUGGAGUGAAAACCAACAGGACGGUAGCUCUCCAGGAGCAGGGUUGGAGAGGCCUGUUCUACUGGAUAUGAAAAUGUUGUGUAACUUCUUACUAACUAUUGUACGUUUACAAAAUACAGCACUAAAAAGGACAGAACAUUAAAAAAAUGUUUUUAACAUAAGGGUGUACAAACUAAGUAAGGAAUAUUUAUUGAUAACUUUUUUUGCUACUCUUAUAAAAUAGUUCUCAGAUAAAUUAGGCAGUCUUAAAAAGAAUGUUGCAACCUUGUUGAAAUGCCAAAAAUGGAAUGUUUUAUGGUUUUGUACAGAUUAUGCUUACCCCAGGUUCAUUUGGUGUGCGCUUUUGACCCGGAUUUCUGUAUAAUGGCUAAUUAUUACCUUGGUGAUGAAUAUCUAUUUUGGGGGGAGUUUCAUAACUGGAAUUUACAUGUAUCUAUUAUUUGCAAAUUUAAAAAAAUGUUUUGGGGCUAUAGAUUUUAUUGUGGCUUGCUGGAAUUCUGUGAGUGUUCAUUUUUCUCUUUUUAAAGUAUUGCGAACAAAGUAAACGUAAAUAACUUUUAUUGUGUAAAAAAAGACAACCUGAAAGUGUCUGCCUAUGCAUGUUUUAUAAACUCAAACAAAGGAAGUGGAUAAAUGAAUUGAAUACCUUGGCUGCCGAGGCCUGUUUUUGAAAUGUAGUGCGCUUUGUGAACAUAUACUGGCAUUCAUUCAAUUAACACCAUGAAACUGCUGUAUAUGCCUCAACUUCUUUUAUAAUUGAAGCAUUUAAUUAUCUGACAUGCGCUCACAGUCAAAUUUAGUAUGUUUGACCAUUCUUGUGAGGUUUGUGGUUACAUGUGGAACUCAAAAUGCAUGAUAGCUGUUAAAAUCAUAUAACGGUUUAGACAUUUUUGUUCUGUUGUAAAUGUGCCACAGAAAGUGUAAUUUGAUUAUUGUUAUUAUUUGGAACUCUGCUUUGUAUAUCAGUUACAGGUUUGUUACUGCUCAAUAAAACAAAAAAACUCCAUGCCUAAGUAAUUCACUACAUGACAUGAAGCCUUGCUUUUGUAAUUUAACUUCGAAACAGUUGGCAGAUGAAGCAUGAACUAGCAACUAUGAAAAAUUAUUUUAUAUUACUGUUCAAUAAAAAUUUUGCAUGAAUUUCAACUUAAAUGAAACUGUUUUUUUUUGUGUGUGAUAUAGCCAGACUUUCCUCUUCUCAGAUUUCAAGUCUGCAAACUGAAAAUCAAUGUAAACAUACAAAAAUAAAAAUGUAUUACAUUCUAAAUAUA